AAAACCGAAUGCGAAAAGAAAAGAAACAAAUAGCAAAAGCAGAGAAGAAAAAAACAGAGGAUUCUUAUAGAUCACGAGAGGAAGAAGAAGACGAUGAGGAAGAUGAAGCACUUGUCCUCCAUUGCCAACGACGUCGUUCAGAGAUGCUCACAGGAAAUAGAGACAACCAUUGAUGAAUUAGUGGAAGAGUUUGAAUGUCAAUGGAAGCCAGGAAGUACGGAAGGUACUUACUCGAAGAAGUUUGUGGAAUUUUGCAACUCAAAGGUGACGAGUCGGGUUUGUGAAAACAUACUUGAGAGAAUAAAAGAUGGUUCGUUUACUCGUCUCACGUUCGAUAUGAUGCUUGCUUGGCAACAACCUGACGCAGAUGACAAGGAGUCUUAUAGGGAAGCAGUAGGGAAAGAGAGUGAAGACAAGAGGAUUCAGGCAACUCUAUCUCCAGAGCAAGAUGACAUCUCUCUUUUUUAUUCAGACAUGAUGCCGCUUCUCGUUGAUCAUGAACCAAGUGUGGGCGAAGAUGCAUUUGUCUAUUUAGGCUCAAUCAUUCCUCUACCCGUGGAUGUCGUCAAUGGAAGAUACACAUUUGAGACUCUAACUGCUCUGACCGGCUACCAACUUCACUUUCCGGCUUACGAUAUGUUCGUCAAAGAAAUACACAAGUGUAUGAAGCAUUUGCAAAAGCAAGCGAAGCCUAAAGGGGUCGAAUUGGCGGAUGAUGAAAUUAUAUUGCAUGUUGAAGGAACAAUGGCUUCACAGAGAGUGAUUCGCCACAUUAAAGAAACAAGCUGGCCAGGUAGGCUUACUUUGACAAACUAUGCACUAUACUUUGAAGCCGCGGGAAUUAUAAACUACGAAGAUGCUGUUAAGAUAGAUCUUUCCAAGGACAAUGAAAAGUCUACAAAGCCUAUGUCCACUGGCCCAUUGGGUGCUCCUCUUUUUGACAAGGCCAUUGUCUACGAGUCUCCGGAAUUUGAGGAUGGAAUUGUCAUAGAGUUUCCAGAGAUGACAAGCUCAACGAGACGAGAUCACUGGCUUAUGCUUAUAAAGGAAAUAACAUUAAUGCACAAGUUCUUGAGAAAAUUCAAUGUUGAGUCUCCUUUGCAAGCAUGGGAAAUCCAUUCAAGAACAAUCUUGGGAAUAGUACGGCUGCACGCAGCCCGCGAAAUGCUUAGAAUUUCUCCCCCGGAUCCAAAAAAGUUUUUAAUAUUUAGCUUAUUUGAGGAAGUUCCAAAGGGAGACUACGUACUUGAAGAACUCGCAGAGAUUAGUCUAAAGAUAGGCACUACAAGGAACCCGUGUAGUGCUAGCUCCAUAUUGAGGAAUAUGAACAUGGAUCAGCUUGGUGAUAUGAUAAAAGAAGAGGGAGAAGAUACAUGUAAGGAGAAGGGGAAAGUGACUGAUAAAGAGGAAAUGCUUGCGUCUCUUGAAAGUGCUGUGAAUCAAUCGAGAGAAGAGGGAAAGGUUAUUGAGGAGGCUAAAGCCACGACAACGGAGCUAGAAGAAGAAGGGAUUAGUGAAAGUGUAGCAGUUCUUAUGGAGUUGAUGAGGCCAUUACAAGAUGCAUUGCCAUGGUUCCAACAAGUGAUUUAUUGGGAAAGGCCGUCUCGUACACUGUUUGUUCUAGCCAUUACUAUUUUAACCGUCUACAAGGAGUGGGUUGGUAAGGCUAUAGCUGCUUGCUUAAUAUGGGUGGUGGCUAAAAUGGCUCAGGCUAGACAUAAGAUGGUCCACACAGAAAGUGAGCAUGCGGUAACAGUGAGCACAGAAUCUGACCAAACAAUGACCGAGAGCAUUGUGUCGGCUCAACAUGGCUUAAUAAGACUUCACCAGUUGAUGCAACAUGUUAACGUCACCAUCAUGAAAUUGCGGUCCAUAUAUACCUCCAAGGCUAGCAAGCAUGCAAGCAUGGUGAUGGCAUCGAUGCUAGUGUUGGCGAGCUUCUUCGCAGUGGUGCCAUUCAAGUUGUUCAUAAUAUUUGGUACAAUAUAUUGCUUUGUAAUGACAUCGAGUGUCGGAAGAUACAUGAGCAAUGAUCAGAGUAACCGGAGAAUGAAAGAGUGGUGGGAUUCCAUACCCAUUGUACCCGUUCGUGUACUUAACGCUUCGUCCAAGUAGUUCUUCACUUAGCGUGAGAUACUAAGGCGACUGUUUUUUCUCUUCCUUUUUUAUCAAAAGCUACUAGAGAAAGAAUGUAUUUUAAACAGUUUUUUUUUGUAAAAUAUUUUCAAGCUUACGUUACUAGUAUUUUAUAAUAAAUAAAAAAUAGCAUU